ACGAGUGCCUUCGUUUCGCGGGUAAUAAUAUUUAGUGAGUCAUGAUGAAAAUCUGCCUUGUUUUCAGAGCAUGACUCACUAUUCGUGUGUCAGAGUGUUUUCACCCGGAAUUGUUCAAGCUCGCCUUCGCAUUGAAGAAACAAGUGUUUAAUCAUACCGUAAUGUCACUGAAUUUAGAUUUCCAUGGUUGUCGUGACUGGAAAGAUGGACAGAGAAGCACAGGUUGUGUGGAUAGAUUGGCUUUCAAGUACAUGGAGAUGUGUAAAGUAGAAUCCAGCACGGACUCAGAGUCAGACACUAGUCCGAGAUGGUCUGACACGAGCACCAAGGGAUGCGUUUCUAGUACACCCGAGAGCCGAACCACCCACAAGACACUGAUGUUUAUACCAAAGCCUGGACGCCAUCAGCUACCUUCUUUGGACCCAUAUGAUGGGAGCUCAGAGGACUCUGGAUCAUCCAAAUGUGGCCCAAAAGGACAACGGCAGGGAGGCUGCAGAAUGCGGAGCAGGGGUCGCAGGGGGACCACAAACACGGCUACUUUCACCAGGGGGGCCCAGGCCAGCACACCGGCACUGCCGGCUCUGGAUGUCCAGAUGAGAUCAUCGAGUGACUCCGAAAUUCGGACGGUUGACCUCGGCCUCUUGUCCCCCAGAGGCCACAAGGGACAUGUCAAAGAGCUGGCCGUUGAUUCUGGGAUGCACACAGAAUCAUCCCACUGCACACCCGGAGUCUUCGCCUACGUGGGUGUGACUCCUGUCCGACUGCCUGAAAGCCCCGCCCACAAGAGCCAGACAGGAUCUCAUAGGCUGCACCCCAAAUCCCCCAGCAGCCCAACCUCUCUUAAGUCCCUUCCCAAACGCAAGUCGUGUUUCCCAGGAGCUGAAGCAGGAGAACGUGGUCUAAGGAAGAGGCAAUGUGUUAUGGAUAUGGACGUGAGCCACUUUCCCCUGUAGACUUGCAUGCAGGAAAAAUUGCAGUGACAAUUUCUUUGUGAAACGCAUCUGUGCCAUGUAUCUAAUUCAGUGCAUUGUAAGCCAAGGGGUGCAUUGCCCAUUAAUUGAAGAAUAACGUGAAGACAAACUGUAUUAUAUGGUCAAGUGUUUGAGGUCAGACUGCACCUUUUUCUUAAUUCAUGUGGCUUGUGACUCACUGUAUGCAGCAUAUCCAUCAGUCCACAACCAGUAGAACAAAGUGAGUCUUGAAAUGUAUGCAGCUUAGCACCCUAAAGCAGAAAUUACUGAUACUGCUAGUAUCAAUGACUAUAGUGAAGUUAGUUCAUUGGCUGAUAGUGUAUUCAGUGUCCUUGGCAGUUUUGUUCUUUGCGCAGGAGAAGGAAUAAGGAGUAAUUUUCCUUAAUUUGAGAGAUCUGCAGGAAUCUGCUGGAAGUGGCAACAAUUCAAUAAGGGCUUCAUGCUUAAAGCGUAUUUUUCCUUAUGUACUGUACACAGUUUAAAUUGUAUAAGGGUAUGCACAGCAUACAUUUUGCUUUGGUGGUGGAGUUUAGUACUUCUGUUUGAAGAAAAUAAAUAUUGCACUUGAAAUUACAGUA